CAUCAGCAAAACUUUUGCUACGAGGGACCCCUCUUCGUUUUCCCCAAUGCAGUCUACUACGCAAUAGUUCUUUAAUCGCACACUCCUUAACCCUACCCUGACUCGCAAUGCUUCCUAGGGCUGCUGCUCGCGCCCUCAAGGCCCGGCCAGCACCGCCAUCUCCCUUUCCUGCUGGAGCUGCAUCGACGCAAUGGAUACGACGCUACGGAAAAAAUGACAAACCUCGCCCACCCCCUAGGCAACCUUCACAAAGCGACUCCGGGCGGAGGAAUGUUGGCAGCGACUAUACUUGGAAGCCAUCUCAGCCCAUAGACUUCGCGACUGCCAAGACCGCUGCAGAGAAAGCGGCUGCAGAACGAGCACAAUCGCCUCUACAAAGCCAGAACACAUCACAAGAUGCCGAAUUCUCGAGUCGACAGCCGGAGGACGAUGCGAGUGCGAUUCCAGAGAGGAAUACGGUGCAAUAUGGCCGAGCCAAAGCGACGGAGCGCGCGGGGAGCACACAAGAAGAAUUCAGUACAGCGCAAGAUGAGUUCAGUGGCCCCAAGUCAUCGAAAGCGAGCACCGCACCCACAGCAGAGGGCGCAGACGGGACUGCAGCACCGAGCGGACCAUUGCCAGAUCUCCGCCAAGGCAUUCCCUCGACUUUUGCCGCCGAAUUCGGUGCAACGGAACCAAAGCCAUCACAAAAAGCCAGCGAACAGGAAAGCACAGUCAGUGAGUCAAUAGAGGAGCCAGAACCGGUGGCUGGAGGUGCUGGUGGUGGCCGUGGAAGUGGUGAUCUGCCUAAGUCCGCAUUCGAGACAUCCGUCGACCGGAGGAGAAACAAGGUCGCGAACUACUCCUACCUGAUGGCUCUGGUAUUUGGCCUCACUGGAGCUGUCUACUUAGGGCGACCGUGGGAGAGCGAAGAAGAGGCAGCGCAACACCCUGAUAUCUCUUCAAGCUGGAACAUCACGACUAUGUACGACCGCGCGAAGGCGCGUAUGUCAGGCCAGAUGAGCUACUAUACCGAGCCAACCUUUCCCAAAUUGCUACCAGAAAUGGACCCGCGACCUCCCUAUACUCUCGUCCUGAGCUUGGAAGACAUGCUUGUCCACAGCGAAUGGACCAGCAAAAAUGGGUGGCGGACAGCCAAGCGACCUGGCGUGGACUACUUCAUCCGGUACUUGAGCCAAUACUACGAACUGGUCAUCUUCACCAGCCUCCCAAUGCAAGUCGCGGAGCCUGUCAUCAAGAAACUCGACCCCUUCCACAUUGUGAUGUGGCCCUUGUUCCGGGAAGCCACUCGCUAUGAAAAGGGCGAGUACAUCAAGGACCUUUCUUACCUCAACCGUGACCUCUCCAAAACCUUGAUCAUCGACACCAAAGCCUCCCACACCAAAUACCAACCCUCUAACGCCAUCAUCCUUCCCCCAUGGGACGGCACCCCCGGCGACCGAAAACUCGUCUCCCUCAUCCCCUUCCUCGAGCACAUCGCCACCAUGGGCGUCCAAGACGUCCGCAAAGCCAUCGAGUCCUUCAAAGGCGCCGAUAUCCCGACCGAGUUCGCGAUCCGCGAGACACGCGCCCGCGAAAAGUUCAAGGCUGAGCUCGAUGCUGAGCGGGCCAAGCGACCGAAGCACAGCGCUGCGGGCUGGCUUAUGGGCGCGUUGGGCAUGAAGGGCCAUCCACAAGGCGGCAUGGUGGUUGGCGAGAAGACGGUUUCGGAGGGACUGGCCGAGGGCAAGAUGCUGAGUGACCAGAUCCGCGAGCAGGGGAUCAAGGCGUACGAGGCGAUGGAGAAGCAGAUUCGGGAGAAUGGAGAGGCAUGGUUGAAGGAGAUGGCUGAGGAGGAGAAGAAGAUGCAGGAGGAGCAGAUUAAGAGUAUGAAGAGUGGCAUGACGGGAUGGUUUGGGGGGAAGAAGGAGUAGGCAGGGUGUCUGAGUCAAGCACGUCUUUGGGGGUUAUCGAGAAACCGAGAGAGAACGAAGAAAAGAUGAGAGCGGUGGUUGUACUAUUUUCCUGUAAGAGGUGGAGGCGGGUUGUCGUGCAAUGGCGGGGAUGAUGUUAAAUCCACUCUUGGUUGCGGGUAGCAUGGGCAUCGCCCUGGAGUUGUUGUCGUUCGGGUCUGUAGGUAUAUAUCACAGAUGCUAUAUGCUGCUAAAAUUAUGGUGCUACUGGCGAUAGGUCAACCGACCAUGGAGCACGGAACGUGACAUGGGCAGGACAAUAGAACAGCGCCUGGCCUUAAAGGAAAUAUGUAGUACCAAGGGCAACUGUAAAAGGAACAUGCUCCCAGGCUACGAUC